CUUGAACCGAGAUUAAGUAACGGUUGAUACUGUAUUAUCGAGAAUUAUAACGAUAAAUUCCAGUUUAGAUUUCCGCAGUAUAUUCUAGUAGAAGCAACAAAUAAAAACAGUUUUUUCAUUAUUAUUCGAUGAUAUGGAUGAUACGGUAACUGAAAAUGACGAUAAUACAUCAGAAGAAAACGAAUCUCACAUAGGUAUCGACAGAUACCCUGAUGGAUCAGUACGAUUACGAAAUCCGCACAUCGAACUCAUGGACCAAGAUAUUUUGUAUCAUCUCGCUUUAGGUAGCGAAUCUCACGACCUCGUCGAAAUGUUCGGCGACGUGAAGUUUGUAUGCAUGGGCGGUACGCCGAAAAGAAUGGAAAGUUUUGCCGAAUAUAUAAUGAAAGAAAUCGGUCACAAAUUACCGACUGGUACCCAACUGAUGGACAUAAGUCAGUAUUCCUACAGAUACAGUAUGUAUAAAGUCGGACCGGUAUUAUCUAUCAGUCACGGUAUGGGAAGUCCAUCUAUCGGUAUUUUGUUGCACGAAACAAUCAAACUUAUGUAUCACGCUAAAUGUAAAGAUCCGAUCUUCUUCAGAAUCGGAACUUGCGGUGGAAUCGGCUUGGAAGGUGGUACCGUCGUCAUAUCCGACGAAGCGUGUGACGGCAUGCUGAACAAAUACUAUCAAGUGAUAGUAUUAGGAAAAAUGAUGAGAAGACCAGCGAAGCUCGAUAAGAAACUCGUGAGGGAAUUAAAAGCCUUAGCUAAUCCCGACGAUCCAUACGAUACCGUUUCCGGUACGACCAUGUGCGCCGACGAUUUUUACGAAGGUCAGGGAAGGUUAGAUGGCGCUUUCUGCGAAUACACCGAAGCGGAAAAAAUGGAAUAUUUAGAACGUUUACGAGCAGGGGGUGUGAAAAAUAUCGAAAUGGAAUCGACCAUGUUUGCCGCCCUUACCCAUCACGCCGGAAUCAGAGCUGGGAUCGUGUGCGUCGCUUUACUCGAUAGGCUCAAAGGAGAUCAGGUGUGUACUCCGAAAGAGGUGUUGACAGAAUGGCAACUGAGACCGCAAAUUUUAGUAGCGCGUUAUAUUAAAAGAUAUCUACAGACUAAAGGACGACUCUCGUUCGACGGACACGGAUCGAUGUCUGUGAAGAGCCCCAGAAGAUUUAAAUUGGUCCAACAAGAAUCUCAAACUUUCGAAUGAAAUAAUUCUCGAACGCCAAAUUUCAUUGACGGAUAUCUCAUGAUAAUUAUAUAUUUAUAAAUAUAUAUUUUUUUUUAUUUAAUUUAUAGGUUAAAAAUUAUGAUGAUUUUAGUCAAAUAAAUUCAUUAAUCAUGUGGAGAUUAUAUGGAAACUGCUAGAAAUGGUAGACGAUUUUUAGUUUUGAAGUUAGGAUUUAGUCUACCGUCUCUUGUUACUUGUUUUACGCACAUAAUUCAUUUUUCUAAAUAAAAAAAAUCAAUUUCUAUACAAUUAAUGUCGUAAUGAGUCAUUAACCAAAUUACGAGACGUAUUUCUGGUAAAUUUAAAAAUAUGUAGAAUCGAAAAUGAUAAUUACUUCGCCGUGGCAGUAUAAAUGUGAAUUAGAAAGCUUGAAAUUUCAAAAACUGAUUUUUUUCAUUUCCUAAAUUAUAUUCGAAUUUUAAAAAUUAUAAACACAAUGUGUGAAAUGUAUGCAACCAACAUUUACUUCAGCUGACGUUUUACAUCGUUGCCACGUUGUAAUUUUUUUCCACUUGAUGAUAUUAAAUUAUAUUGUAAGGACCAUUGUUACAAUUAUUUCAACUAAUAGGAAAUAAGAGAAAUAAUUUUAGAAUUUUGAAUAUUGUUAGUAUAUCAUGAUAUCAAAGUUUGAAACUUUAAUUUCUAUAAACAAAUAAUUUUUAAUGUUUUACUCGAUUUUUAUGAGAAUAAAUUUUACAACACUGAAAACCGAUGCUACACGGUUGCCAAAACAUAAUUUCAUCUGAUACAGGAGGAAGUUUUUAUUUACUUUUAGUAUAUGUAAAUUGUGUUCAAUUGCUACGAAUUGGAAGAGUUUCCACAUACAUAUCAUGAAAAAUUAUCAAAAAAAACUGAGACAGACCACAUAACCAAUGUUUUUUCAAAAUAGCGAUAGGGUAAAUGAAUUUUUGAACUAGAUCGCUGUUUUGGACAAACUGUAUACCAGAUACAUAUUAUAGAGAUAAGAUAAAUUGUAAUACUUCAUUUUUCUUAUUAUUAUAAUGAUAUUUGAUCCCAGAACGUUCUAAAAUAUCUAAAAGUCAAGUAGUUUUCUUAUUAAAUUUAUAUAUACAGGGUUGUUGAGAAAUGAGUCGAAAAUUUGGUUCACCAGGUACAAUUUAUACCAUAUACGAUGUUAAUAGAAGCAGUUUUUUAUUCUGAAUCGAAUGGUUCCUCGUUUUCACCAUCAGGAAACGUAAAAAAAGAGCCGAAAACCACUAAAACUCAUAAAAAUGACUAAACACUUUAUCUUAAUGCCAAAUCUCAUCUAACCUAACCGAACCUAAAGUAAACUAGAAGAGUUCAAACCAUUCUAACCUAACUUAUUCGAACAUAACCUAAUUUAACAUAACCCAAUCCACCCAACUCAACACAUCCUAUUCUUAAUCAAUCUAACUUAACGUAAAUUAUCAUUGUAAACUGAUUCAUAUAUAAAUCAUCGCGAAAAAAACUAAUAUAACUUAACCUGACCUAACCAAAUAUAAUCUAAACCAACCUAACCUGCUCUAAACUAACUUAAACGAAUCUAACCUAACCUACUUGAACCUUACCCAUCCUAACCUAACCUUCAGUUAUUGGUCCUAACCUUGAUUAAAUUCAACUAACCUCAAAUGAUGUGUAAACGCAAAUGACAUUCAUAUUAUAACAUUUGCGUUAGAUUAUUUAUCUGAAGAAUCAAGCAUGCUACAAACAACAACUUUAUACUACAAAAUUUUGACGUUUUUCUAAAUAAUUUGACAAUGUCAAUAACCCUGGAAUGGGCUGUAGUCGCGUAGUUAUAUAGAUAAAGGCCGAAAUAUAGGAAAGAGAAGAAUAACCUAUAUGACGUUCAAUGGUACAACUUCUGUACAAAUAAAUUUGAACUUGGUUUUUUUAUAUAUAAAACCGUAUUCUGACGCUGAUAUAAAUUGAUUCGAGUGAUUCAAACAAUUAUUACUUACUAGAAAUUAGUUAAUUAUCUACAAUUCUUAUCAUUUUACGGAAUAUUUUUUUAUCGACGAGUCACCCUGUAUAAUAGAAUCAUAUUUAAAAGUUUUAUUACUCACUAUAAUCUAUUAGAUACGCAUCUUAUACACUUUGCGCUAGUACUAACUUAAAUAUUUUAAACAAUUUUGUAAAAUUAUUCUUUUCUACUUUUAAUGGACGUUGGUGAAUAUUUCAUUUUGUUUUAUAUACGACAUUGUUGUGUUUUAUAAAUCUACAAAUAAAUGCGUUGUUGUUACCGACGAAUGUUGAUUUUUUUUAUUACAAAUUGUUGUUAAACGAUGUCUUGCUAAAUUUUAUAGUUUAUAAGUGUAUUGAUAAUUAAAAAUAAAAUCGGUGUGUAGUGUAAGCUUAUUACUGAAUGUUGCUAUGAGAAUUAAAAAAACGUGUUCAAACAAUAAA